UGUUCGUUCGUUCCACCAAUGAGUCCAAUGAGCUGGGAAGAAUUGGCUAGAUUGACAGGCACGCCUCUUCAAGGUUGCGCCGCCUUUUAUGACUGUAGUUUUCUUCUCUUUUUUUACUGCAAGCCAAAACUGGAUGUAAGAACGUCACAUGUUGUUUUCUCUCUCAGUCACUGUGGUGUUAUUUGGUGCUUAACUGUUGCAGAUAGCGGACGGGAAUACCGGUGUCGGGUAAUGGAAUAAGUAAAGCGGAUUUUUCGGUGCUUUGGAAAAUAGCACAAAACAACUUAUCUAAAAGUAAGUGAAGCGUGCGCAUCAGAAUGGCGAGUCCUCAAACGAAUGGAGGACACUUGUUGUCUAAUGUGACCAAUAACAUUAAGAAAUGUGGAUAUCUAAAGAAACAGAAGCAUGGACACAGACGUUUUUUCGUGUUGAGAGAACCCAGCGAGAGCUUUCCUGCCCGCCUGGAAUACUACGAGAGCGAGAAGAAGUGGAAAAACAAGUCGGCUGCUAAAAGGGUGAUACUGCUGGACUCCUGUCUUUGCAUAAACAAGCGAGCGGACUCCAAGCACAAACACCUCAUCGCCUUUUACACCAAGGACGAAUACUUUGCAGUGGCAGCCGAAAACGAGCAGGAGCAGGAGAGCUGGUUUCGAGUGUUGUCGGAUUUGGUCGAAGAGGGGAAAGUCUAUGACAGCCCCGCGUCUAAUUCCAACUCUCUUUUCUGUUUUGAGGAGGCGAAUUACAGUAUGAUCACGCCGGCCACUGCCUUUUGCAAGGAGGUAUGGCAAGUGAAUUUGAAAUCCAGAGGACUGGGUCAAACAAAACAUUUGACAGGGGUGUUUAGGCUGUGUUUAUCUAGUCGGACUAUCAGCUUUGUGAAAUUGAACUCGGAGGUUGCAGCUGUGAGUUUACAGCUCAUGAAUAUCCGGAGAUGUGGCCACUCCGACAGCUUUUUCUUCAUCGAGGUUGGUAGGUCGGCUGUCACUGGCCCUGGUGAGCUCUGGAUGCAGGCGGAUGACUCGGUAGUUGCGCAAAACAUCCACGAGACCAUCCUGGAGGCGAUGAAAGCCAUGAAAGAGCUGUCAGAAUCAAGACCGCGCAGCAAGAGUCAGUCGGCUAGCACCAACCCCAUUUCCGUGCCCACAAGACGCAACUUGAACAAUCUGCCUCCAAGUCAGACAGGGUUGGUGAGGAGGUCGAGAACAAACAGCAUAGUGGCCACAUCCCCAUUGAGCAAGUUCACAUCCUGUCGAAUAAGGACAGCUAGUGAGGGGGAUGACAGCAUGGUCAGGCCAGUGUCUAUGUCAAUAUCUAUGAGCGGGAGACCCACCAGUCCCCUCUCCAACCGGAACCCUCUGAGCAGGUCCAAUACGCUCUCCACUGGCCGCACCUGCCGGAUACUGGAGUCCAGCCUCCAGCACAGCCGCUCCAUGCCUGUCUCCAACUCCCCUCCCUCAGUCUGCAGUUCCAUCUGCCUCUCCCCCAUGAGUGGGACCCUCCCCACCCCUGAUGCGGUCCACCGCCCCUUCAGCUGCAGCGCCUCUAUCUCAGGCUCCCUCAGCGACGCAAGCUUCAUGCUAUGCAAUGAGCACAGCUCCAGCCCAGGCGACACCUCCAUUCUCCUGCCCAUCACUAGGAGUGACACCCACAACUCCCUCUCCAGCACUCCUCCCUCCCGGGAGGCCAACGAUCUGUGUGGCUACAUGAUUAUGGACAGGACCAAUUACCAACGGCAGGUGUGCCAGGAGGAGGACUUGACAUCGGAGAAGGCGUACAGGAAGAGAACAUACUCCCUCACCACACCACGCCAUCAGCGGGUGCCCGCCCAGCUGUCCUCUGCCUCGUUGGAUGAGUACACCCUAAUGCGGGCUGCCCACCACACCAACAGCGGGCACCACUCCGGGCGCAGCUCCAUCUCCGCCUCCCCAAAGGUGUCCUACCCCAAAUCCAAUGGUAACCAAGUAGGGGAUGAUGGCUAUAUGCCUAUGAUGGCGGGCGUGUCAGCACCGCCCAGGGGCAACAACAGCAAGGCAGAUGCUUACAUGCCCAUGAGCCCCAUGUGUGUCUCGGCUCCCAAGCAGAUCAUUAACCCCUUGGCCCAAAACCACCAGUACGAGGCCGGCGACCAGACCAACUCACCCAGCAGCGGAGGGUCCUUGGAGGACAGUGGCUACAUGAGGAUGUGGUGUGGCUCCAAGUCUUCCGUUGAAAGCCCAGACAGCCGCUCGACCUACAUGAACAUGUCCCCUCGCAACGCCGCUUACACCACCUCGCAGACCCCCCCGGACUACUUCCUAGACCAGCUUCCGGGUCGUGAGCCUUCCAUCACACCUAUCUACUCCACAGACUCCCUGCCACGCCCCAUCAAACUCCACCAGGCUUCCAAGGAGGCGGGGGACACUGGUGACCAGUACGUCCUGAUGAGCCCACAAGGCCAUCAGUCGCUAGGUAGGGAGUCAGACGACUACUACUCAGUGAUGACCAAUCCGGCCCCGCCCAACUCCUCGGUGCCCUCGCCCAUCAGACAGAGCCGGGGGACUGAGAGCCUGACAUCCCACCGGGGGAGAAUGGGGCGACCUAACCGGCUAUCUCUGGACAGCUGUAGGAUCCUACCCAGCAUGAACGAGCACCUCUUGCCCGGGGAACCCAGGAGCCCGGGCGAGUAUAUCAACAUAGACUUCAGUGAGGGCACCAAGUACUCCCCGCCGUCAGCAUCCAAUGAGAGCCAGGAGUCGUCUCUGGGCUCCAGCGGCGGCCAGCCGAGGUCCCCUCUCUCCGACUACAUGAACCUGCACCACGUUGUCUCACACUCACCCAAGACCGGAGACACCCCUGCCGGACGGUUAGACACGGUCCCUGAGUCAUCCCUGUGCCCUUGUCUGGAUGGGGAGGGGGUGUACCGUCUUAGAUCGAAGAGGGAUUCCAAGUGCCCCCAGAGAGGCAAGGAUGAGUACACCGAGAUGACAUUUGGACUUGGAAUGACCAACAUGCCUUCCCAGUUCGUCCCUCAGACCUCAGCAAGCCCCAGUGCCAGAGAGAAGAGGCUAUCCCUGGGUGAGCAGGGCCUCCCGGGGGGCAUGGGGGUGUUCCUCCUUGGCGCGGCCACACCCGUGGAUCCUGACAGGGCCGCCAAGGUGAUCCGGGCCAACCCCCAUGGGCGCAGGCGGCACAGCUCUGAAACCUUCUCCUCUACGGCUACCGUCACCCCCGUGUUCCCCUCGUUCGCCCAUGGGGACGCCAAACACCACAGCUCGGUGGAGAACCUGUCGGUGCGGAGCAGCGAGAGCUCCGACGAGGAGUGUGGCAGCCCCAUGAGUAGAGAGAUCUCUGGGGGCUUCCAGAAUGGACUGAACUAUAUUGCCCUGAACCUGAUGGAGGACAGGGACCUGGAGGGACCUUGUUGCGAAGACCUGACCACGGCCAGCUUUAAGCCGGCCAGCAGCUGCAAGGGAGCCCUCCAUGGAUUACGUGUCGCGCCAUACGUCUGUUUGGGGUUCAAGGAGGCGGUCACCUCUGUUAAAGACUGAACAGGACAGUGGACAAUCCAAGCCCUCAUCAUCCUUGUUCUGAGAUGGACAGUCAUACAUUGGGGUGGCCGAGACAACCUGCUGCUGUAAAUGAAGUCAGUCUGUGCCUCGUGACCCAACAAACACCCCUGCCGUGACUAACUCUCGCCCAAUCCUAACACUGGUGCUGUCCCAGAGACUCUGUACUAAAAAGUAGAUGGGGGGGGGGGGGGGGCAGGCAGAGGCUCCUGUAUGUGGGGGGCCUCUAUAUGUGACUAGAGGCUAUAUUUCUAGCUCUGUUUAUUUGUUUAGAAUUUUCCCUCUGGUUUUUGGUUGUGGCUCGUGGACUGUGAGUAGCCUGUUUGACCCCCAGGACAUGUGAAGCAAACCCUGGUAAAGCACAGUAUGUGUACUUAAAACCCCCUCACACACACACACACGGUACGCAGAUAUUAUUUAUUUGCUUACAUGAGUAUGGAUGGGUCAAAGUUUGUCUGUGUGUGUAAAAACGGACACCAUGACCGUUUCAGUAACACAUUCACGAACAAACCGUUUAAAAUAAUCCAAUCCCUACCUCAGAAAGAGCAAGGCCGCACACUGAGAAACGUAUAGAUAUAUUUAGGUUCUAUUUAUUUUGGAAUGUUUCAUAUAGACCAACCCAAAGCCUUGUCUCUGUGGUUGUAUUUGUACUGCACAACAAAGAAAAUCUGAUUUUAUUCUACUAUUUUCUUAAAUCUAAUUUAAUUUUAGCCUGCUUUAUCAUGAUAUAGUUGAAGUCGGACGUUUACAUACAUUUAAAUUCCAUUUUUCACAAUUCCUGACAUUUAAUCCUAGUGAAAAUGCCCUGUCUUGGGUCAGUUAGGAUCACCACUUUUAUAAGAAUGUG